AGCAGGAAAAACGAACAAGACACGAAGUGUCAUCUCCUUCUUCUUUGUCCCUCUGUCUAGUCUUUCAGUAUUUCAAUCUUAAUUUUUUACCUUUGCAACGGCUAGUCCGUCGUGAAGUAGAAGAAAACCCAUCUAAUUUAAAAACCCAUCUCGUUUGGAGAGUCUUAAUCUCAGGAAGAUGAUGUUCUCACACAUUAGAGACUCAUCCUCGUCCCGCAGAGCAGGAGCUACAGCUCGCCUUGCCGGGCGUGGUUCAACAUCUCGGCAGGGUGCAGCAGCAGCAGCAGGAGUGGGAUCUUUCUUCACCCAGCUUCUCCUGUUGCAGAAGCAACUAAAUCACAUCGCCCAAAGUGGAGCAAAUGCUGGCGUCGGAGUUCUUGCAGCGGUCGUGCAUUCAACUUCUACCCAGUUGGUACGACAGGCGGAUACUUCUACAAUCGGAGACAUCAGUAGCGGGGGGUCUAGUGUUUCUGCCCGCCGCCUGCUCCGCGGAACGAGAACCACGGUGAAGAAGAUGAAGCAACAAGAAGUUGUGAACAAGAACAACCCUAAAACAAGAACUCUGACGGCGGACGAGACGAAGACCACUUCUAUGUCCCAAGGAGAAGAUGAACAUGAAAAAGAAACAACCUUUUUGCUUUUGGAGCAAGAAACCAAACGUGCUCAUGUCGGCCGGAUUAAGAACAUGAAGCAGCAGGUGCAGGAGCAAGAGUUUCUUGCGAGUGCAACUGCUGCCCACAAACGGAAGGACGAUGAUGAUGACGAUGAUGAUUCUGACGAUGAUGACGAAGCUGCAACUGACGGCGCUACGUCGGAAGCAUCCGCUACCACAUCAAGCAACACCUCCUACCUGUACUGUCCGGACCCAAUUUUCUACUGCGUGCGGUGGAAAACGGGUGUGGGGGCGGAAGAAGUGCAAGCGUUUGAAGAUGUUGUUCAGAAGGUGGAAGAUACGUUCAAAAACCGGAAAUUGUACUGGAUUGAUGCGCGGCGGCAGAUGCCGGGGACGACUGAGGCCGAUAUCCAGGAAAAAACACCCAUCCCCAUCCAAUAAUUUGUCAUGCAAAACAUGCAAAAAAUCCACCAUUUGCCAUGUAAAAAGUGGACAAGGGGUGGGUGUUUUUUCCUGGAUAACCGACAACCGGUGCCUGGACGAGGGCCGGCAACUUUUCGAGCACGAGUGCUGCACCAGCACCGGGGAUCGGGUGACCGGCGAUGAUAAUCCCACCUGCGCCGCCGCCUUUGCCACCUGGGACCAAAUUUUCCAGCCGGACCAGUGCGGCGCGCGGAGCUUGUUCAUGCAGGAGGAAAGCACGGAUUUCUGUGACUCCUACGGGAAAGAGCGGGCUGCACUGUUUGAAAUGGUACUGAACAGCCAAAUGUACCUGGAAAAGGAAAACUACGCGGAUGUGGAACUCGAACUGCUGAACAUGAACGAGCAAAGUUUCACCUGCGUGGUGAAGCCAGAAAUUACCGAAGACGAAAGUCUCUUCGCCAAGCAGAACCCCUUUGUGGGCUUUCACGAGGCCGCGGGUGGUUCGGACAUCAACAACUACGAGGGCAUGCAGUGGGGCGACGUUCUCACGGUGGGAAGUACCAGCACUGGAAAAGCGCCCACGGAGAAGGCGGAAUGUAUGGGGCUCUCAAUUGUUACAUUCUCAGCUGGUGUUACAUGAAUUUGUAAUGCAAGAAUGGCAAAAGUGAAAGAUUUUUGUGCCUUUUGCAUUACAGAUUUGGGACGGAUAAUCCUGGUGCUAUCCAGCGCGUCGAGAACGAAGUUGUCAUGCGAAGAAGGCUGGAUCGUAUGAGGAGUGAUAGCGUUUUUGCAUGACAAAUCAUGUAACACUUGAGAACGUAACGCUUGAGAACGCCAUAGAAUGGUGUCGACCGUCGGAUCGGGACAAAUACCUGGCGGCGGCGGCGGUGCAGAAGGCUGCGGCGGCCUUUGGGGCGGAAGAAGAACCUGAUCAGGAGGAGAACGACGCAGAGGUCAUCAUGAAACUCGACGAAAAGGAGCUGCCCGAGAAGGUGGGCGGGAAGACCCCGUGCUCUGUGUUCUACGAUGAGACUGAUGAAACCACCAGCUGGGCUGAGAAUUGUACCGCGGAAGAGUCUGCCGGAACGAGAUUUCAGCGGCAAAACUGCAUGGAGAAAUGCACCAGCGGUGCUAGUACUGAGGAGCAGGAGGACGAAGACUCUGACUCUGACUCCCCGCCCCCCGGCCCACCUGACGCAGCAGCAGGCCUCUUGCCGUCCUCCGCUACGGUGCCUAUUGUGGGCGGCCCGACCCCUUGUUCUGUGUUCUUCGACGGGAGCGAAGAAACCAGCUGGGCCCAGGGCUGUACCGCAUUCGAGAGUGCGGGAACAGAAGACCAAAUGCAGAAUUGCAUGGACAAGUGCGGGGGCGCUACGGAGCAGGAGCACCGCGACCCUAUUGUGGGCGGCCCGAC